AUGGCCCCUCGUCGACAAGCUGCACCAGAAGGGAGCAUGCCUCCUCCCAGUCGACCAUCGAGUCCAAGUGGUGAAGACAUUGAAGAGACGCCAUUCUUUGAUAAUGUGGAUGAAUUGCAGCAACAUGGCAUAAACGUGCAAGAUAUCUUAAAACUCAAGAGUGCCUCCAUCAACACUGUGUCUGGUGUCGUGAUGACUACGCGUCGUCAAUUACUGAAAAUAAAGGGUAUGUCGGAAGCGAAGGUUGAGAAGAUCAAGGAGGCAGCGCAGAAAAUCACGGGGUCUUCCUUUGCAACCGGUAUUGAAGUCCAGGAUCGAAGAAAGCGCGUGCUUGUCAUCAGUACUGGAAGCAAGUCGGUAGACACAAUCUUAGGUGGUGGGCUGAUGUCACAGUCAAUUUCCGAAGUCUACGGUGAAUUCCGCACUGGAAAGACACAGCUGGCCCACACAAUGUCUGUUGUCACCCAACUCCCUCCGGAGAUGGGUGGGGCCUCUGGCAAAGUCGCAUAUAUCGAUACCGAAGGUGCUGUAGUUGUUAUUUUACGAGCGACAACCUAUCGCCGACGCUCUUUUCUAUUAGGGACAUUCAGACCAGAUCGCAUCAGAUCCAUCGCUGACCGGUUUGGUGUUGACGGGAAUAUGGCGCUCGAAAAUAUCCUUUAUGCAUUUGCAGCGCGCGCCUUCAACAGUGAACACCAGGUUGCUCCCCUUCUCUACUACUAUACAGCCAUCGCUAAUAUGUUGCAGAUGGAGCUUAUCAGCGAAUGUUCCAUGCGCUUUGCGGAGGACAAAGACUUCCGUCUUCUAAUCGUAGACUCCAUUAUGGCUCUCUUUCGCGUCGAUUUUUCUGGUCGUGGCGAACUCAGCGAAAGGCAACAGAAACUAGCACAAGUGAUGUCGAAGCUCACUAAGCUUUCAGAAGAAUUCAACAUUGCUGUUUUGAUAACGAACCAAGUACAAUCCGACCCAGGAGCAACGAUGACAUUCGUGGCUGGCGGAGCUCUCAAACCCAUCGGCGGACAUAUUCUAUCGCACUCCUCAGCUACUCGGAUGUUCCUUCGCAAAGGCAAGUCACUAGCGCUUACCGUGGGUUGCGGACGGGCUGAAGAACGUGUCGCGAAGCUGGUGGACAGCCCCGACCGCCCUGAGAGCGAGGCCUCUUACAAGCUGGACGAAGGUGGAUGGACCGACAUAUGA